AUGUUCAGCAGUAGGGAGGUAAUGAACUACUUGAAUGCCACUGACACCGAGGUGGACAUGCAAACUUUGCGUCAGAUCAUGCGAGCACUGAAUGUGAUAUUAGGGUACUUCGCCAGGAAGGAGGCGUUAUUAUUUGGCGUCGUCAUAAACUCUGAUUUCUACGUGCGUCCCGGCUCACAUAAAUCAUCGCUGCCCGGCUACAUUUUGGAGCUGUCGCACCAACUGUCCAUCAAGGCGCAUGCUGUGGCAGCCCGCGUACUAGUCCACGUGGAGACCCGAUGUAUCCCCUGUCUCCAUCCAGGCCCGUUAUCUGUCAUGAUGAGGGGAUACAUGUCACAUCAUACUUCGCAAAUUGAUCGUCUUGAGAAUAUCUUGCGAGGUAUUCGGGUUCACAUCAUGCCUUCAGUCCGAAACUAUCAAGGUCGGAGCUUUGCAACUACCGUUAAAAUCAGAGGACUUGCAACUUGUAAUAAUGGAGCACUACUACAACAUCCUCCAAAGGUGGCACGUUAUGGAGCUGGACCGCAGGAAGUGGAGAUAUUUAUAGAGUCGCGGCAAACUCUAGGUGCCGCGUCACCUCUUCAAGGUGGCUAUGUUACACUGGCGGUAUUUUUUGAGAAAGGUUGGCCUUUCCGCGCUCCCCAUGAUAGCAUUAAUGUGGCUAACGAGGUAGAGUAUAACAUUACCUCAAGCCCAGACAUGCCCAUAGUUAAUGUUGGGACUCCAGAGAGACCUAUUUAUUUCCCAGUUGAAGCCGGACAGCCGGUCAGUGCGGCAUCCUUCUCAGCGCAUGAAUAUCGUCCCGCACAAGGCCAAUCAGAGACCGCGAUCAUGCGCGCGAGGAAAAGGUUGGCCGUCAUGGGGUUGAAUUUCCGCCUCAAUCGAGCCUUGACCGCAUUUGGGAUCAAGGCGUCUUCAGACCCCGUCACGGUAAACAGCCGCGUUCUCACCGCACCGCGAGUGCGAUACGCGAGGGAAACCUCUGCCCGUGUGGCUCAAGGAAUGUGGAACGUGAACGCAUAUCGGCUCAUGAAAUCCGUCACGCUACGAUCCUGGUCCUGGAUCUACCUUGACCCUUUGCGUGGAGACUCACUAGAAAGGAAGUCGACGACAUUGACUAAGCCUUUACACCAACUGGCGACAGUGCUUCGGCGUAUGGGUAUAUUCACCUCCGGCUUUAUCCCUGGCAAAGUCGUUCGGUUCAGCAACGGCCACGCUAAGGACGAUAUUAAAGACACGAUUUCAUUCCUGCAAGAAAAAUACCGCCCAUCCAUCAUCCUCGUAAUUCUGUCCACCAGAGCAAAGAGGCUAGGUGACCUUGCAAGAUUUGCUUGCGAUAUCGACCAUGGCAUGCCGGCUAUCGAAUUUACGGACGAAUGGCUGGCAGAAGCUGAUCAGGAGAGGUACGCUAGGCUUGGGCUAAGAAUGAACCUCAAGCUUGGUGGGGAAAAUCACAUGGUCAGCGCAUCGGAUCUUGACUUUGUCGCAAACGAUAAAACUAUGAUAGUGGGGAUCAAUGUGGUCUUUGCAAGAUCAGGGUCCCAAGGAUCUUUCCACACUGUAGUGGGCCUUGUCGCAUCGUCAUGCUCUCGGCUUUCUCAGUGGCCUGCGGAGAUCAGUGUGCAGAUUGGCAAAGACCCGCUUAUUCGCAAUCUUGACGAGAUGUUGGGAUCAAGGAUUCGGUAUUGGGCCAGAAAUCAUGACAAUAUGCUUCCGCAAGAUAUUGUGAUAUAUCGUAGUAUGGUUUCGGGGGGCAAAUACGGGGCUUGGGUCGAUCAGGAAUUGCCUCUGAUCAAGAAUGCUUGUAGGGCCUCAAAGCUCACGGAGAAUUCACAAGGCGACUUGCCGCGGAUCACCGUGGUGCUCGUAGACAAGAGCCAUGAUGCACGAUUCCACCCUACAGCCGACACCGAGGGGCACAGCUCCGGUAGUCCGCUGGCUGGUACCGUUGUGGACCGCGGCAUUUCAGAACCUCGCCAGUGGGACUUUUUCCUGCAAUCUCACAGCCCAACACAGGGCCCCAAUCAACCGACUCGCUACUUCGUGAUAUUCGACGAAGUGUUUCGCAGGCGAUGCUGUGUCCGUAGUAAUAUGUGUGGUCCGGUCGAUUUGCUACAGAACCUUACCCACACGCUCUGCUAUCUGUCCGGCGAGACCACAAAGGCAAAAAGCGUUUGCGCACCGGUACACUACGCAAUUCGGGCUUGCGCUAGAGUUCGCUCGUACUAUAGUGCGGAUAAUAUCACUUGUCUUUCAUCGGGAGACCAUGAUGCCUGGGAACCUGGCAAGGUAGUGAAACCCAGCCUGUUGAAAAUUCACCCUGCUCUCCAGGACUCGAUGUUUUAUCUCUGA